UGAGAAAGGUGGUGGGCACAUCCUCCAAGAGAAACAGCUUGAGAAGCCUUUAUCGCUAAAGGGUGCUGUCCCCAGACAUUGGAGGGUGCCCUGCAUUGGAAACAAGAGACUGGGAGCUUAGGCCAGUGGAAGGGGAAGGAGGGAAGCGCCGCCACUGGCCCCAGGAGUGGAAAUGGAGGAACAGGACAAGGCUGGCUCCAAAUUGUGGGACGGAUUACCAGGGGAAGGGAAGAGAGGCCCCCAGAUGGUCCAAGUUGGGAGCAUUGGGAAUUUCCUGAGUAAGGCUCCCCUGCAGCCAAUUAAACGGGAACCAGACGAAGGGCUGCAGCAGCAACAGCAGCACUGGGAAGCCCAGUGGCAGGAGUUCCUCAAGAGCGUGCAGGCCCCGGACUCCGGAUCCCAGCCUCAGCUUGUGUCAGGGGAGGAGGCCAAGGACUUCCAGGCCUCCCUCCGGGGAGUCGCCGAUACCGCCCACUGGUCGAGAGGAGGGUGGGCGGCCCAGAGCCUGCCGGACCUUGGUGGAGAGGCCCCAAAGGUUUACCGCAGCCUGGACCCCUUCGUGAAAGUGAAGGAAGAGCUCCCGCACAAGGCCGCUGGCCUCCAUGCGGAGACGCGGCGCCAGCGCUUCCGCCAGUUCUGCUACCAGGAGGCCAAAGGGCCCCGGGAGGUUUGCCACAAGCUCCGGGAGCUCUGCCACCGGUGGCUGAAGCCCGAGAGGCACAGCAAGGAGCAGCUCCUGGAGCUGCUGAUCCUGGAGCAGUUCCUGGCCAUCCUGCCCCCGGAGAUGCAGAGCUGGGUCCGGGGGAGCGGUCCGGAGAGCUGCAGCCAGGCGGUGGCCCUGGCCGAGGACUUCCUGAUGGGGCGGCGAGACGGCAAGAGAUGGGGACAGCAGGGUGCAGCUCCUUUCACAGAGGUGCCUGUGAGUUCUUCUGAAGCAGACCAGGUUCCGUCGGACCUUCGGAAUAAACAGUUCUGCAGAGUAACUAAGCAGGAGCAGUGCAAGGAGGGGAAGACCCCAGUGGAUGACGGACAGGCAGGAGAGAAUCUUUGCCAUCCGGAAGGUUCCGACCAGGUGGAGCCACAUGAUGCCUCCAUGAGAAUAGGCUUAGCUUUCCAGAAUUACGAAGAGGGCACCACGCUUUUCGGUCCACAGGGAACAGCAGGGAAGCAGAGGAAAGACCCGGAAAAUAGGACGGGGGACGCCGUAGCCAACUGGGAAGGACACUGCCACCGAAAAGAAGCCAAAGUCCAGGAUUGUGAGGAAUUGCAAGGCUGUGACAACAGCGAAGGGGGCGUCAGACUGACCAGUGGCCUUCUUAAGCACAAACCGAACACUCCGGACCAGAAGCCAUUCAAAUCCUUGGACUGCGGGGAAACGUUCCCUCAGAGCUCCAGCCUCAUCCCACACGGGCGGAACCACAUGGGGGACCGGAGAUUCAAGUGUUCCGAGUGCGGGAAGAGCUUCAAUCAGAAGCGGUACCUCACGGGGCACAAGAGGAUCCAUAAAGGAGAGACGCCGUACAAAUGCUUGGACUGUGGGAGGAGCUUCAACCGGAAGUGGAACCUCAUUGCGCACAAGCGGAUCCACUCGGGGGAGAACCCCUACAAAUGCUUGGACUGCGGGAAAACCUUCAGCCAAAAGGGGAACCUCAUGACCCACGUGCGGAUCCACACGGGGGAGAAGCCCUACAAGUGUGCGGAGUGUGGGAAACGAUUCAGCCAGAGGGCAGGCCUUACAUCACACAGGAAAAGCCAUAUAAAAAUCAACACCGUAGGGAAAGCUACCGUGGGUUAUCUGAUUUUCUUAAACCUCAGUGAAUCUGCACAGGAGGGGAGCCCCGUAGAAGCUUAGGAGAGGGGAGAAAACUUUCAUGUGGAGCUCCGAACGUUCCCGUAUAUGAGAAAAUGCAUUUCAUAGGGGGAAAAACUAAAACGUCUGAUGGUAAUAGAAACAGGGUGUGCUCGCAUAGUAUAAAGGAUCAGAAAAUCCCCAAGAGGUGGUUGAGGGGAAUUAUCUCAAUGUUUUGACUGACUGACUGACUGACUGUGGGGCGGAAUCAUCACUCUUAGCUGACCCAGUCUUCACAAA